GGUGUAUUUAAUCAUAACAUUACAGACGGACUCACAAAUGGGAACGUUUCAUAAUCAUAAUAAGUCUAGAAACUCUAAAUCGUUUGCCGUAUUGUUGUACUUAAUAUCAUUGACACCUAUUCUCUCUGCAGCAGAGGAAUUUGCGGUGAUAAACAUUCAUAAACAUGAGUUUUCUAGUGGACAGCCUCAGCUGUCAGGUCAAGGUGUCGACGAUGUCAACUUUGGAAGAGAAGAUAAUGAAAAUAUUCUGCUACAACACAUUAAAGGAAGAUUUGCAAGCAUUGGUAAAACUGCUAAAGCAAAUGGAAGAUUACAUAUGGCUGACUCUGAUUGUGGGAAAAAGGAUGGUGAGAGUUAUGCCAGACUACCACAAGACUGGAUAGCUGUGUUCCAUUACCCAGAGAGAGGCACACUAGAUGAUGGUUGUCCAUCAGUUAUAGACAGGAUGCAGAAAGCCCUGAUGUUUGGAGCAUCAGCUAUUAUUAUUCUUACUCUUAACCAAGAUAUUCUGAAAGAGCUUGAAGUAAAGCAGAUGUUUUCUUUUCCUGUGAUAAUUGUGGAAGCUUUAGAGAAUAUUACAGAUAUGAUUGUGGUCCUUAAAAGUAAAAUAAAGUCUAAGGCUAGCAUUAGGAUCAACAUGACAAGACAUAAUAUUGUGAUCUACCCUACCUUGACUCUGUGGUCUGCAUGUGGCAGGACUUAUGGGAAGGGUUAUCAUGAAUGGGACGGAGUUGUCUGCCUUGGUCAUCAGGAAAAUGAAGAAAAGGCUGAUCCUGCCAACUUCUGGAACUUUUUCUACUCCAUUUUAUUGACCUUGAUGAUCUUAGUGGCCAUCAAGACAAGACUUAUAGAUGUGGGAGAUGGAGACAGUGAUAUAGAGAGAUCACUAAGAAGGUUAGCUCAAGAAUCUCUGAUGUUGAUGAAAACAAAGAAAUAUAAGUUUGAUAUGUCAGGGGAUAUAUGUGCAAUAUGUUUAGACCAGUUCAGUCCUAAACAGAAAUUACGGGUGCUUCCAUGUUCUCACGAGUUCCACACCAAAUGUGUCGACCCUUGGUUGGUGAAAAACAGGACUUGUCCACUGUGUAAACUCAAUAUUGUUGAGACCCUACAUGGUGGUUUCCUUGGUAACUAACCACUAAUGCAUGUCCAAUAAUUGGUCUACCUGAUGCUACACAUUAUUAUACAGGGUGUUUGGUGUUUGUACUUACUGCCUUUUUUAAUAGUUUUUAUUAUUUAUCAUGAAACUUUGUGAUCUUAGAGGGCAUUUAUAUUUUAUUAUGUCCUAUUAUUUACAAAGAAUACCAAGUUUGUUAGACGUUUACCAUGUUUGUUCAAACAAAAUACAACUUCCAAAUUAGAAGAGAAUAGUCCUAAGGAAAAUAGAAAUUUAUACUUCCCAUAGUAUCUCAGAAUUGCAACAAAUCCAUUCAUGGCAAGACUAAUGAACAAAAAUCCCCAAAAAGACAUACAACAAUAACACAACCAUUGAUUACACAGAAAAUUUUAGAUUAAUUAACAGAAUCUCCACCAAAAAUGUAUGCCUAGGAAAGAUGCUGUGGAAUGAUGCCCACUACUUUAUCAUGUUUAUCAAUUGAUAGAUUUCUAGAGAUGUUUAAAUAGCAAUUUAGCACAUACAUACAAAACAUAUUGUAACUAUGAUUAAUUUAGUUCUCUUAUAGGCUUUCACAAUUAAAUCAAUUGUAAGAAAAUAGAAGACAAUGGUCUUACAGGAAACCAAUUAGUUGAGUUGCCACGGAAUAGAAAUUCCUUCAUAAUACAAGUUCCCAAUGGAAACGAUAUUCUUUAAUAAUAUUUCCACUGGAAUAAAUAUUACAGUAAAUGUUCCUUACGGAAUAAAUGGUAUAGAAUAUGUGUUCCAACAGGAACAGGUAUUAUGACAUUGUUUAUAACAAAGUUUCCAUUAGAACGUCUGUUAGGUGGAACAAUUAUAUGCUGAAAGAGUAUCAAUUUGUUAUUCUAUACUCAACAUUACCAAGCUAUGCUUGGGUAUAAUCACUGACAUCCCUAAUAUAAAUGCAAGAAUUUUCACACAUGUUACCAAAAGCAUGUGAUAGGAAAUGAAGGUAGAUUUUAAAAUAUCUGACAUAAUUAUUGAAAUUUUGUCUUUCAUGAUAGAUUACUGUAUAAUCUCGA